AUGGCUGAAGCAAAGUCUGCUAUAAGGAAACCAGUGUUCAAUAAGGUUGAUCAGCUGCGACCUGGCACUGGUGGACAUAAUCUCAUUCGGAAAGUUGUUAGUUUGAAGACGGUGUUACAAAAAGGCCGACCAGAUGGCCCCCAGGUACCACUGAUUUUUUGUAAUUUGGCCCAUGCUUUAAAUUUUAAAUUGGACUUGAUGAAGCUUGAUGGUACUGUAAUAUUGCGCAAUGCUAAAAUUGACAUGUUCAAGGGGUCAAUGAGGCUUGCAGUGGACAAGUGGGGUCGUGUAGAGGUGACUGAAUCAGCCAGCUUCACCGUUAAAGACGAUAAUAACCUGUCAUUGCUAAAAUUGUCUCUCUGCUCUGUUGAAGAUGAUCAGCGGCUGCUUGUUUAUGAAUUUAUGACCCGUGGAAGCCUCGAAAACCAUCUUUUCAGAAGUGAGUGUGGAAAUUCUCUUGAUUAA